AUGAAAGUAGAGGAGCUGGUACUGGAUGGUUUCAAAUCUUAUGCUGUGAGAACUGUGAUUUCAUCUUGGGAUCCACAGUUCAAUGCGAUAACUGGAUUGAACGGAUCUGGAAAAUCUAAUAUUUUAGACGCGAUUUGCUUUGUUCUCGGGAUAUCAAGUAUGUCCACUGUCAGGGCAGCAAACUUACAGGAUUUGAUUUACAAAAGAGGUCAGGCAGGGGUUACGAAGGCCUCAGUGACUAUCACCUUCGAUAACAGUGACAAAUCUAAAUCUCCCAUUGGUUUUGAACAAUAUUCUAAAAUAAGUAUAUCUCGUCAAGUAAUGCUUGGAGGGGCUUCCAAGUACCUUAUCAAUGGCCAUAAGGUUCAGCAAUCACAGAUACUUAAUCUUUUUCAAUCAGUUCAGCUUAAUAUCAACAAUCCGAACUUUUUAAUAAUGCAAGGGAAGAUCACGAAGAUGCUGAAUAUGAAACCAACUGAGAUCCUUGGACUAGUUGAGGAAGCUGCGGGAACUAAGAUGUACGAGGGUCAGCGAGAAAAAGCCGAGCGAAUAAUGGCUAAAAAGAAUAUAAAGCUAGAAACUACUGAGAAUCUCCUCAAAGAAGAAGUGGAACCCAAACUUAGGCAUCUGCGGGAACAAAAACGUACCGUGAUGGAAUUUCAGGAUAUAAUUAUCGAGCUGGAAACCCUUUCCAAAGCAGUUGCAGCCCAUGACUAUCAGAUAUUUCUAGGUAAGUUGGAACGUCAAGAAGAUGUGGUCAAAAAUGAGAAAACGCAAUUGCAGCAACUAGAGUCCAGAUUCCAAACUCUAGAAAGCGAAAUCAAAACGUUGGAAGAAGAUUUGAAAGAUAUGCGUGCACGAAAACAAAAUGAAAUAGGUAAGGGAGCCAUCUUAAAGGAGCUUGAGACGGCUGAAACUGAACUGACGAAUUCGAUGACUAGAACGGUGACAGCGAGAGACCUGAAAAAACAAAUUCUUGAGGAAGAGAACAUCAAAUUGAAGAGUCUGUGUUUGAAAAUAGACAAGCAAAAGAAAUUACAAGACAAUACUGAUGAAGCGUACAAGAUUGCUGAAGAGGAAUUCAAUCGUCGAAAAACGAAUGUGGAGAAUCUCCUUGAGCAAAUGAAACAAAGAGAGGAGCUUUUAUCCACGCUUUCGACGGGCCUAUCUUCUAGAGGUUCGACCGAUGGAGGAUUUUUGGCUCAGCUGCACAACAGUAAACAAAAACUUUCCAGGAUCACAGUGGAAAAAGAGAAAUCACGUUAUAGGAUUGACCAUUUAAAGAACGACCUAUCUUCGAAGAAAGAUAAAAUUGACUCUGCUAAGAAUGAAGUGGAUUCUCUUGAUCUUAAAAUAAAAUUGAAGGAAGAUCUUUGUGCAAAAUUGUCUUCCGAUCUUGCGAGAAUUGGCUUUUUCCCUGAAAAGCUCAAAUCCCUGAGAAAUCAAGAGAAAGCCUUGAACCACGAAUUAUACAGACUUCGGAACAAAUUCUCUGAGUUUCACCGCGCUCAUCCUAACUUGCUCUUCGAAUUUGAUGCUAUCAAUGCGGGGCUAGAUUCUACCUCCGUCAAGGGGUUGGUCGGAGAACUUUUUACGAUCAAUGAAUUGAAUAAUAAGUUCACAACGGCUAUCGAAGUCUGUGCUGGUGGGAGAUUGUACAAUGUUAUUGUUGACACAGAAAAGUCGGGCUCCAAAUUAUUGGACAAGGGAAAUUUAAGAAGGCGGGUCACAAUCAUUCCACUCAACAAAAUAACUUCGAAGGUCAUUAAUGACACCCAAUUGACCGUCGCAAAAUCUCUGGCCCCGGGAAAGGUAGAGCUUGCACUGAAUUUGAUUGAACAUGAUUCGGAAUACACGAAAGCAAUGCAGUUCAUUUUUGGAAAUCGUUUGAUUUGCCAUGACCCGGAGACAGCGAAAAAAGUUACUUUCGACCCAAAGGUGAGGACUGCAUCGAUUACAUUGGAUGGGGAUCUAUAUGACCCAGAAGGUAGGCUUUCUGGCGGCUCAAGACAAAAUACCUUUUCCGUUCUUUCUGCGUUUGCAGAGCUUAGAAACAUUCGAAUUCGAGAACAUCAUCUUCUUUCUGAGUUACACACAGUGCGGCAGGAGAUUCAGCAACAAGAAAGUCUGAGCAAACAAACCGAGUCACUUCAGCGUGACCUCAAGAUGGAAUCCUAUCAAAAGAGCAUUUUAUUGAAGCAAAUUGAGCAUUCUGAGGCGGCUAGAUUACUAGAAAGGGUGAAACAAGAUGAAACUGAAAUAACUGAGCUUGAAAAGCUGAUUAAGGAUCUUGAAAAUGAGGGUGUUAGGGUUCAAGGAGAAAUUGAGUCUCUCCAAAACGAUAUGAGAGAAUUUGAUAAUGACGGGGAAGGAAAGCUUCUCGAGCUACGACAGGAAAUCAAUGAGCUUGCCGCUCUUAUUGAUACCGAGAAAACACAGAUGAAGCUAUCUCAAAAGGCAUUUCAACAGCAUCAGAUUGGCCAAGAUGACCGCCAAUCUGAUCUUCGUGUCCUUGAGAAUCAAAUCGAGGAGUCCAGGACAGCCAUCAUGUUACUGAAGGAUGAAAUCAAUAAGGGCGAAGAAGAACGUGUCCAUCUAGUAGCGGAGAUUGCGAAAAUCAGGAACUCCAUCACUCAAGAGAAGUCAAAAAUGGUAGGAAUAAAUGAGGAACUGCAGGAAAUGACACAAUUACUGAAUAAAAAACGCGAGGAUUACAAUGAUGUAGAUUUGAACUUGAGGAAGCAAAAGGAUGCAGUGAUCACUCAUGAGAAUCUCUACAGUUCACUCAAAGAAAAAGUAAAUCAAAUCAUCUCAGAACAAGAAUGGGUUUCUGAUCGCAAGCUACUCAAUCAGGUUUUGGAGCAGUAUCCCAACAUCAAUCUGGAUCAUUGUCACAAGCGUAUUGAACAGCUAAAAAGCCGUUCAUCAUCAAUGAAGAAAAAAGGGGUCAAUAGCAAUAUUAUGGCGCAGAUAGAACAGCAUGAGAAGCACGAGAGUUCAUUGAGGACUAAAAUAAGGCAAAUUAAUAAGGAUAAGGCGAAAAUCGAAGAAACUGUCCGGAAACUUGAUAAUUACAAGAGAACAGAGCUUCUCAAAACGUACAAGAAAGUAUCUGAUGAUUUUGGGCAAAUUUUUGGAGAUCUUUUGCCGCAAGCCUAUGCUAAACUCGUCCCAACAGAUCCUAAUGAUAUAACCAGAGGAUUGGAAGUACGGGUUAAGCUAGGCAACGUUUGGAAAGAGUCGCUGGUUGAAUUGUCAGGUGGUCAGCGUUCUCUGGUCGCUCUAGCUUUGAUAAUGUCCUUUCUUCAAUUCAAACCGGCCCCGAUGUAUAUUUUAGACGAGGUUGAUGCUGCUCUCGAUUUAAGUCACACCCAGAACAUUGGCCAUCUGAUUAAAACAAGGUUUAAGGGGUCUCAAUUCAUUGUGGUUUCAUUGAAGGAGGGCAUGUUCACCAACGCGAAUAGAUUAUUCAGAGUCAGAUUUCAAGAAGGAACUUCUGUGGUUACUGCAAAUUGA